AUGAACAAGAGGUCAUUCAAGUAUGCGUGGGUGCUCGACCAGCUGAAGGCUGACCGUGAGAGGGGUAUCAACAUUGAUAUUGCCCUGCGGAAGUUCGAGACCACCAAGUACUACUGCACUGUCAUCGAUGCCCCUGGACACCUUGAUUUCAUCAAGACUCCACCACUGGUUGUUUCUCCUAGGAUGGCUGGACCUAUCAACACGCCCUCCUUGCUUUCACUCUUGGAGUGA